GGAUCAUAAGGCGCCAAAGGGUAGCCAAGCUUCAAGAAGAAGAAGAACAUGUAUUGUGUAUAGAAAAUAGACUUUCUUUGGCAAUAGUGAGUUUGUGUUUUGUUAUGCACACGGAAAUUUGGAAUGUUCUUUUAUACUUCUAAAGGAGUUAGGUAUCUGAAGAAUGAAAAUACCUGAGGAUGGUAAUCUACCUCGUAUAACUAGUUCAGGUCCAAAUCCUUGCAAAUUAGUUAUUGUUAAAGUUCCGGAUAAAUUCCGAAAACGUGGUGAAAGUGUAUAUCAACUUUCUUCUUUAAAACGUGAUACAGCAGGUGAUGAAUGGCCUGCUGAUAAAUAUACUGCAAAACUGUUUCCUGGUUUUUAUAAAGAAAGAAAGAAAGUAAAAGCCAAGGUAAAUGGGAAAAAAAUGUACACUCAAAAUAAACAUAUGGCAUCAUCAAGACGACGCAGGCAUAACCAAAAAAAAUCAUGGACUCGUGGAUCACAUAUUCAUGGAAGGAAAGCUCGAUCGGAUAAACAAGAACAUCAGCAAAAUCGAUCUGCAACUGAUAUAGAACCAUGGCUGAAUCCAGAGCAUAUAUUUCAGAACUCGUGGAACCAGCCAGGUGUUUUACAAAGAAUUGAAUUAGAUCGAUCAUUGAACAGUAGUGGGGAAACAUGUAUACCACUGUACAGUCAGCCUUAUAAUUAUCCUUCUAAUACAAAUAUUUAUCAGAAUGCUGCUUUACAGCUUGCCAGUAACCAAAUGCAGCAGUCAUUACAUGGCAGUAAUCUUUCACAUAAUCUACAUGGAAGUACUUCAUUUAAUGAUUUAAAAGGAAAGCAUUCAGUUGGUUUACUUGGAGAUGCCCCUUCUCAUAUUAUACUUAGUGAUCGUCCUUCAACAAGUGGUUAUUCUGCCCAGUCGGUUGAUCCUCUUCCAGUGAAUUCUCAGUUUAGUAACAGUUAUCACAGAUGGGAAAAUGGACACAAUUCUGUUUCUCGGCCCCAGCAUAUGGCUAACAAUCAAAUAAGAAAUGAUGUGGAUAAUUCUAGGCGAGAAUAUUAUCAUGGGGAAAGGCGAAACUUCUGGAAGGAACCUAGAGAUAGAAAUGCAAUGCAUGGAAGACCUUACAGAGGAAAAAGAAAUGCAUAUCCCAGAAAAUAAAGUUGUUCACUAAUUUAUGCAUUUUGUUUUUCAUUUGUUGACAAAAUAACUUUGUAAAUAAAGAAUUAAAAAUAUAAAA